AUGAUAAAAAUUAGUCAAAUAUUUCUGCUGUUUGUGAUUCUCCUGAGAAGUUCAUUGUGCAUUGAAAUAAAAAAUGGAACCACCACAGCUGAAACAACAACAUUCCACUAUCUCCAAAAUGAGUUAAUACCUUCCACUAAAAUGCCAUCAAUAGAGAAAAGUGACAACAUAAAUCUAUCCAACAAUCAUCAUCACCACAAAAAGAAUUCUAGUCUUAAAGUUGCUGAAUCUCGUCUCUUUCCUGUCGGCCAUCCAGGUCUAAUAGCACAACCAGGCAGUCUCGUGUCACCAUUUGAUGUUGCUGCAUUCAGUAACUCCUUAUUACCACUAAUAACAGCUGGUAUCAGAGAAAAAGUAAAAGACAUGACCACAGCAUUCAAUGAUGGAUUCGAUUAUGUUGAAGAUUCAAUCCGUGAUGGAUGGCGUGAAAGUCCAUUGAAUCCAUAUAAUUAUGAAAAGAUCCUCAACAAUCCACCAAAUUUAUUGGAACAUUUAUCAUUACCAAAUCUUGGAAAUCACAUUGCCCCUCACUAUCCGCAUCCCGCACAUCACAAGCACCCAAAAGCUUCACACAAGUCAAAAACGAAAGCUCCAAAUCAUCCAAUUGAAUCAUACAGUUCCGAUGAAAUGAUGCAUGAGUUUGGAAUUAAUGGAUAUAAGCAUUUUGAGGAAUCAAUAUUGCGUGAAAUUGAAAAGCAAGAGGAGUUAAAAGUUGAAGCUACAAUUCACACAUUAUUUGGUAAAGAUGAAAAAAUAGAAAUUGUUCGUGGUAGGCCUUAUGAUGCGAAGUUAGAAGGAUGGAAGCCAGUUGCAGCACCAACAAAAAUUUAUGAUGAUUCUAAUGAAAUUACAUCUCAAAUUAUUAGUCCACUACAUACCUCAUUUAUACAUGCAGCAGAUGCCAUAGGAAGUGAUUUUGACACCAAAACAUCUCCGAUAGGCUUUCAUGACUUUGACCAUUUCAACAACAAUGUCUAUUCGAGUUAUGGCGUUCAGGAAGGUGGUGAGUCAAUGGUGAAACCGGUUAAGUCAAAAAUUACACCAGUAAGAAGAAUUACUCCGGUGCCUCCGAUUUAUUCGACUGUAGCCACAACGACGCCAGCAACUAAACGAUACAGUAGCAGCAGCACCACGCUGAGAUCACGCUCAACAACAACAGCAUCUAAUAAUAAUAAUAGAAAGAGACAAAGCGUAAGCACCGCAAAGCCGAUUGUUGAUGAAAAAUCAAAUAAAGUUUCAGACACAAGCACGAGUUCAAGCAACGCGGUGCCAGUUUUUGUAAGUGCUAAUAUCAAGCGGCUUCCAUCAAGGAUUCAUAUCCAAAGCUUAACAACAUCAAAGCCUAAAAAUCAUUCGAAUAUUGUGAGAAGUCUGACUCCAGAUUCCUCAGCUGAACAUUCAUCAAAGGAACUCAGUUUUGAUUCCACACCAAGAGUUCGAACACCAACAGUCGUUACAAGAACUUCAAGAUCGACCACUACAAGCACGACUAAGAAGCCAUCAAAGAAUGUUCCACGUGAGACAUCAAAAUUCGUCGACAGAGCACGCGCAUCAGGGUCUAGAGGAUCAGUCAAGUAUAAUCAAAGCUCAACGAAGAAGGCAGACACAGCAACAAAGAAAUGA